GAAGAGUUAGAAGUGAUAUUCUCACUUUUUGACAGCAAAGAAAAUCGACCAAUAAGUGAACGGUUCUUUGUAAGGCUGAAUAGGAAUGGGCUGCCUAAAUCUCCAGAGAAGACAGAAAGAUACAGUUCUCUCUUUGUUGACUUGAGUUCAAGUGACCUUCGGAAAGACAUUUUCAUCACUGUACAUAUUAUCAGAAUUGGCCGAAUGGGCGCAGGUGAAAAGAAGAAUCCCUCAAACGUGCAAUAUCGACGGCCUUUUGGUUGUGCGGCUCUCAGUAUUGCUGACCUCCUGACUGGAGAAUCUAAAGAUGACCUCAUUUUAAAAGUAUACAUGUGCAACACUGAAAGUGAUUGGUAUCAAAUCCAUGAAAAUAUUAUCAAGAAAAUGAAUGCUCGCUAUAACCUUACAGGCUCAAAUACAGGCUUGGCAGUUUCCCUUCAGCUGCUGCAUGGAGACCUUGAG